AUGAAGCUACUGCCGUUCAAGAUCGUCGACAAGGGUGGCAAGCCGUUCAUCAACGUCAAGGUGAAGGGAGAGGCCAAGGACCUCCAGCCAGAGGAGGUCUCUGCCAUGAUCCUGACGAAGAUGAAGGAACCGACUGCCGAGAAUUACUUGGGCAAGGAGGUCAAUCACGCAGUGGUCACCGUGCCCGCGUACUUCAACGAUGCGCAGAGGCAGUCCACGAAGGAUGCGGGGACAAUCUCUGGGAUGAACAUCCUCCGGAUCAUCAACGAGCCCACAGCCGCCGCUAUCGCAUACGGUCUGGACAAGAAGACCGAGAAGAACAUCCUGGUGUACGAUCUUGGCGGCGGCACCUUCGAUGUCAGCCUGCUCACUAUCGACAACGGCGUGUUCGAGGUGGUCGCCACCAGCGGCGACACGCACUUGGGUGGCGAGGACUUCGACCAGCGCGUCAUGGCGCAUUUCGUCAAGAUCUUCCAGAAGAAGCACGGCAAGGACAUGUCCAAGAAUCAGAAGUCGAUUCAGAAGCUCCGCCGCGAGGUCGAGAAGACAAAGCGCGCCCUGAGCUCCACGCAGCAGGCUCGCAUAGAGAUCGAGGGGCUCUUCGAAGGAAUCGACUUUUCUGAGACGCUCUCGCGCGCCCGCUUCGAGGAGAUCAAUGCCGACCUGUUCAAGAACACCAUCGGUCCCGUCAAGCAGGUCCUCGACGACUCCGGCCUCAAGAAGAACCAGAUCGACGAGAUCGUGCUCGUCGGUGGCUCCACGCGCAUCCCCAAGGUCCAGCAGCUGAUCAAGGAGUUCUUCAACGGCAAGGAACGCCGAACCGCGGCAUCAACCCGGACGAGGCCGUGGCCUACGGCGCCGCCGUGCAGGCCGGCAUCCUGA